AAGUCCUUCCUUCCCUGACUGCUACUGUUUUCAGCUCACCAGCCUUUUCUAGCUCCGCAAUGGUCCUACAGGUCUCUGAGGCUUCCUGGGCACCAGCUUUGAUGGUGUCUCUGAUGGUGCUGUUCAACCCUGUGGUCCAGGGUAUGGCCACUCCAGAGAAUUACAUCUUCCAGGCACGGCAGGACUGCUACGCCUCCCACGGGACGCAGCGCUUCGUGGAGAGAUACAUCUACAACCGGGAGGAGUACGCGCGCUUCGACAGCGACGUGGGGGAGUACCGCGCCGUGACCGAGCUGGGGCGGCCGCAAGCCGAGUACUGGAACAGCCAGAAGGACCUCCUGGAGGAUGAGCGGGCCAGGGUGGACACGUUGUGCAGACACAACUACGAGGGCAUCGAGCGCUACACGGAGCAGCGCCGAGUCCAGCCUAAAGUUCAUGUGUCUCCCACCAAGAAGGGGACCCUGCAGCAUCACAACAUGCUUGUCUGCCACGUGACAGAUUUCUACCCAGGCAACAUUAAAGUCCGAUGGUUCCUGAAUGGACAGGAGGAAACAGCUGGGGUUGUGGCCACCGAACUGAUACGAAAUGGAGACUGGACCUUCCAGAUCAUGGUGAUGCUGGAGAUGACCCCCAAGCAGGGAGAUGUCUACACCUGCCACGUGGAGCACCCCAGCCUGAACAGCCCAGUCACUGUGGAGUGGAGGGCACAGUCUGACUCUGCCCGGAACAAGACCUUGACUGGGGUCGGGGGCUUCGUGCUGGGGCUCAUCUUCCUUGUAGUGGGCGUCUUCAUGCACAAGAGAAGCAAGAAAGCUCAACGAGGACCUUGAUAAACAGGGCUCCUGAUCUUACCAGAAGACUCCCUGUGCCUUGGAACAAGAAUUUUUCUGCGUUUCUUUAGUCCCUGAGGCUGAUUCUGGGGCAAAUUCCCAGCCUCCCAAAGGAUGUUACUGUCAAGUAAUUGCUCUGAAACCAGAGUCUAUAGCUCUGCUCUUUGACUCAAUGCAGUUUCCUGAGGCCUUCAACCAAGUUCCUUCCUCCUGAACUCCAUAAAUAAUCAAAAUCCAA